CGAUGAUUAGCAGCUUAUCGCCAUGGCAACGCGUCUUAAAACGACUGUUGCGAUCUGAUUGGCUGUCGGCUUUAGAGACUCGCGUAGGUAACAAUGACUUCCCACGAUAAGAUCCACACAACAGGGACCACAAACCACAUAAAGAGUGACACAGACAUAUUGGGCAUCUGACUUUUGAUAAAAAUGCCCAAAAGCGACACCUGGCCGGGUGGGACUGGACUGGAGACAAUGGACAGUGCCAGCAGUUGGGACAGCGUUGUGAGUGGCCAUUCUGCUUUUAGUGAUGACAGUCUACAGCACUUGUCUGCCGAGGAGAAAGCCUGUCUUAUGUUUUUGGAGGAAACCAUCGAGUCUUUGGACACGGAGGACGACAGUGGAUUGUCCAAUGACGAAGUGGACCUCCUACCAGGCAACCUUGCUUCCAGACUGGCGGACAUGUCAGCCUCCAUGAGCAAAGGCAAGUUCAAUGGUUUGCAAAAGCACAACUCUCUGGAAACCAUCAAGGAAAAGGUUGAGUCCAAACCCAUUCAGAGCUACCUGGUUCCAACACCUUUUGUUUUGGCAAGCAAUUCCAAUUGCUGUGACCUCAACGCCAAAGCUGGUGUCCAGAUGAAAAAGAAGAAGAAGACGCUUUCAUUCAGCGAAAACUGUUUUGAGAAGCCUACUGGAUCUCAAGUACCCUUGGAGAAUGUUGUGAUCCCUCCUGCAACCAAACCCAAGGACUCAGUGAGGACAGCCGAAGUUCCUUUGCCUAGAGGACCUCUAUCCUAUGAUGCUCUUGUUUAUCUGCGGAGGAGCGCUUCUACAAAGAAAACACCUUUAUGUCCCACGGUUGAUCACACUAUAGACUUAGUCAAGCGUCCUACAGUCACCUCAGAAUGUCCAAACCAUCGAAACACGGUAAAGUCAGACAGAUCUGUCUCAGAGACAGGCAAGUUUAAGAUGGAUCCUCCACCUGUUGCACCCAAACCAAAAAUAAUUCCUUCAAAUGUCUCACUGAAGACACAAAAUGAAGUAACCCCAGGAUCAAACCCGUCGUAUAGUAUCAAGAAUGCAACAGAUCCUAAAGUGGUGAGACUGGAAGCUUUGCAGAAGCUAGGCCUCCUCAAAGACCACCAGCCAGAAAAUGUGUCAACGGCCCGACUGGAGCUGCCAAAAUGUCAAUCCUCUGUUGAUCCAAUGGGCAACAGAUUUUCCAAAACUUCUGUGAACAUUAGUCCAUCAAGAUGUCCUUCUUUUUGUCACUCUCAAGUGGUCCCCGGGCCCAGGAACAAGGGGCUGCAAAGUAGUGCUAGCUUCCACCAUUAUUCAUAUUCUCAUCCCAGCCAACCGUGUCCCACUGCAAAAGUCAACCUCCAAAAUGAUCCUGAACCACAACACAAAACAGCACCUCAGACAGAAAAAUCAUCUUUCGGGGUUCGGCAGACUUCCCAAAAAGCCUCAAAUGCUGUCGCGUACACGGUGAUGAUGGUGCCUGGAAUGGGAGCGGACAGAAAAGAGGCCCUCAGGAAGCUGGGACUGCUCAAGUACGAACAAAUGUAAUGUCUUCCCGAGUGGAAUAGCACCAUCAGCUCAAGGGAGUUAGGGCAUUAAGACGUUACUUGGCACUCAUCAAGCAAAGGAGCGGAUGAAGAACUUAAAGGGGCAGCUCUUUCCUUUCUAGAUACAACAAUAUGUAACCCAACACCUCAAACUGUAUCCCCAAAUUGGUUUACAUUAGUCUUUAUUUGAUGUUUUAACAUAUUAUAGUUGAUUGAUGCUGGAAACAAGUGUACCGCAUUUAGCGCUUCUGCUACGUACAAAUGACUUCAACAUUGCUUGAGAAAUUCAGGUUUCACAACUGUGCCUAAAAUCAAUACAGGAAGUAAAGAUUGCAACUGGUGAUCUUUGUCAUUUUAUAAAUGCAGUAGAUGUUGAUGAUAACGCCUCUUGCGGUCGUCGUUAUCGCUUGUUGAUUGAAAGGGCUCCACUAAUGGGGUCCUAUCUGUCUUAUAUUUCUACACACAGGGUGUCAAAUUCUGAAACUGACACUCUGCGGGCCAACUAAUUUUCAACAAUGGAGGACAAACUCGGACCAAACUCAUACGCUGGGCAAAAAUACAGCUGCACAACAUCAAUGUAGCCCAGGGGUCCCAGACCACCUUAAUUUGACUCAAUUCCUCAACACAAAGAUAACAUCGCCAAUAUUUAAUGCAGGUAGCAACACUUACAUAUAAUAUUGUUAAAAUACACUUCCUGCUAAAUGAUAAUGUUGGCGUAUGAAUGGUUAAACACUAGUUUUUAGUUUCAAACAAAUGAGGCUGUGCUUUGGUUACAGUUUUAAGUAAAGGUAUGAUACAUAAAAAUGAUAUUAUUUUACACACUGGGGAUCCAAAGGUCAAAUACAAACAAGAGGCCUAUUAUGUUCUUUCACUGACGUCUGUUAUUGAUGAGAUUUGUUUUUUUUACGCUUGGCCUUACCAGUGUAUGUUGGGACAUUCAAAGACUCCAGACGGAAGGGGCGGGGCGUGACAGACUCCAUGUUGGGGGUCACGUUGA